CCGCUUGCAGAUUUGUCUACCUCGAAGCUAUCAUCUGCCUGGCAGUACGGCAGUUCAAGAUUCCACUGGAAGAAAUCUCGUUCAGCUUCUCCCAGUGCUUAGAAUUAACAUGGCCGACCCGUCUAAUCUUGCAAUAUGUAGAUUGGUUUUGGAGAUCAUAGCAAGUACUUUAGGUCGUCACUCAAAUUUUGACAUUCGCCGGCGCGGUUGCGAAUGAGGGAGGCUGUCUCUGACAUUCUUUUGCUACCACAGACAAUUUAAACUUAGGGUGCUGCACCUGUUUCCCAGAAUCUAACAUUGUCCUUUACCAUGGCGGUGGGCGGGAAUAAGACUGCUUCUGGGGGCACCACUCGCCUCGACCGGCUCCUGAUCCUUCUUGACACUGGAGAAGCGGCCACGACGCGCGACACAGCCGCGCGUCAGAUUGGAGAGUUAGCCAGCCUCCACAGAGCGGAUUUACAUGCUCUCAUUCGGCGUGUGAAGAGGCUGCUGAAGAGCAGCAAGUGGGACACGCGUGUGGCAGCAGCAAAAGCGUUGGGGUACAUAGCCCGCAACACACCACACCCCACCGUGCAGGACCUGCAGAGUGCUGCUGCUGCUGCAUCUGCUGAUGGAGGGGGGGCAAUAGCAGCACGCACUGGCACUGCUGCUGCAGCCCCUGAUGCUGAAGGUGCCGCACUCGCUGCUGCUGGAACUACUGCUCCUGGUGGCGGCUUGCGCUUCGAUGGCUUUGACAUUGGUCGAGUGUUGGACAAUGGGGCACCGCUUGUGGCAUCGGCUGGGAAGGAAUAUGAUAUUGCAGCAGUUGGGCGGGGAGGGAAGGAGGCAAUUGCGAAGCAGAAGCAAUCUUUACGGCGCAGACUAGGUCUGGACGAGUGUGAGCGAUUUAUGGAUGUGAGUGAUAUCAUCAGAGACGAGGAUCUGGAAGCACCAGCACAAGCAGCAGCACUCCCAGCAUCGGCCUCAGCAGCAGCAGCAGGGUCAUCAGACCAGGCUUCAGCAGCAGGCAGCAAGCAGAAGCAGCAGCAGAAGAGAGGAUCUGCGGCUGGAUCUAAGCGUGGAGCGCAGGAUUUAAUGGCUGAGAUGCUGCCAAUUGGCACCAGUGCAGGGGCUGGUGAUGGGGGCAGUGCUGCUGGUAGUGGGCCGCCAGCUUUGGCCAAGUCCCUCAGUGCGAGAGAGCGAAACCUGCUGAAGCGGAAGGCAAAGAGCUUGAGCAAGGAGGGGGGGAAGAGGGGAGGCGGGGCGCACGGUGGCGUGGGGGAGGAGGACGAGGAGGAUGAAGGAGAGGGGGAGAGGGGCGGCAGGAAGAAAAUGCGGACAAAGAGUGUGGUUUCAGACGGGAAGGAGGAUAACAAGAUCACGGUAGAGCAGGUUGCAGCAGAGGGGGACGAUUGGGAGGAUGAGGAGGAGGAGGAGGGGGAGUGGCCUUUGCAGUCGCUGUGCGAGCAAUUGCUCACAGACAUGUUUCAUCCAGUGUGGGAGGUACGGCAUGGCAGCAUCUUUGCCCUCAGGGAGGUUUUGUCUGCGCAUGGGAACAGUGCUGCAGUGUGCCGCCCAGUAGUUCCCUCCAAAUGGGCCAGCGCAAAUGGGAAGGAGGAGAGAGAUGAUGAAAAGGAGAAGACGGAGUUGGAAGAGGGGGGAGAGGGCGAGGCUGGAAAGACAGUUCCAGAAUCAAAAGAGUUGGAUGUGGGUGUGGUCAAGGCUGUGAUGGGGAGGAUGAAGGAGGAGGAGGAAGGGGUUAAAGAGGAGAUGGAGGAAGGGGAUCAUGGGGGCCUUAAAAGAGAAGAGCUUGCGGAGGAAGGGAUGGGGGGCAUCAAGCGGGAGGUGAAAGAAGAGGAGUUCUUGAGUGAGCGAGUGGGUGCAGUGAAGAUGGAGGUUGAGGAGAAGGCGGGUCCCAAGGCAGAGGUGAAAGAGAAGGCGAAAGGGGAAGAGGGAACGGUGAGAAGUAGAGUAAAGGAGGAAGCGAAGGGAGAAGAGGAUCAGAUAGGAGUGAAGGAGGGUUGGCUGGAGGGUGUCAAGAGGGAAGCAAAGGCAGAGAAGAAGGAAGAGAGUGGCGGCUGGCUCGGCCUCUCCAUGGGGCAUGAGGCGUCUGAAAGGCCUCGAAAAGAAUCCAGGGAGUUCGCAUCUGGGGGCAUGAGUGCUGACGGUGGUGGUGUGCGUGUGAAGCAGGAGGUAGGAGAAACGGGCAGGGAGGAGGGUAGGAGAGUCGAAGGGUCUGGGUUUGAUUUAAACGAGUCGAUGGAUUGUAAAACGGAGGCCCCUGAAACGAGUGUGACAAAUGGGGAGGAUGUCAGUGCCCAGAAGGCUGGAGGGAGGGUGCGUAUGGGCUUGGACUUGCACCUCUCAGAUGGCAUGGAGCACGAGGCUGAAGAAAAGGGAGGGGGAUCAGUAGGAAUCUCGGGGAAUGAGGGGAGCAAGGAGGAGAGCGAAGGAGCGGGCAGCAAGGAUGGGGGUAACGAGAGGGGGAGUAAGAGCGAGAGGAGUGAGGAGGUUGUAGCGAAACGGCUGGAUUUGAACAUGGAGGUGGAAGAGGAAGGGGGUGAGGAGAAAGCGGUGGACGAGGGGGAAGGGGCAGAGGAGGAGAAAACAGCGGGGGAGGAGAGAGCGCUGGUGGUAGCAGGGCCUGUGAGGGAGGUGGAGAGGAGUACUGGGACGGCAGUGGGAGCAGCAGGGAAGGCACAUGUAGCCAUGGAAGCUGCGAGGAAGGCACAGAUAGCCAUGGAAGCUGCGAGGAAGGCACAGGCGGACAAUGAGCACUUUCUGGAGGACUGUGCCAUCCGGCUGCUCUGCAUAUUCGCUCUGGACAGGCUGGAGGACUUUGUGUCCGAUCAGGUGGUGGCGCCAGUGAGGGAGGCGUGUGGGCAGGCGCUGGGAGUGGUGCUCAAGUAUCUGCCCUCUAAAGCUGUCAGGCACACGCUCGACGUGCUGCUGCAGAUGCAGACCCGAUCGGAGUGGGAGGUGCGGCACGGAGCCCUCCUCGGCAUCAAGUACCUCAUAGCCGUGCGGCGGGAGCUGCUGCCCGCCCUGCUGCCCUCGCUCCUCCCCGCCUGCAUCCGCGCGCUGCAAGACUCAGACGACGAUGUGAGGGCUGUGGCAGCAGAGGCGCUGCUGCCAGCUGCUAGGGCGGUGGGGGAGGGCGUGGAGGAGAGUGACUUGCGGCAGCUGCUGCGGCUGCUGUGGGGGAUUCUCUCGGAGCUGGACGACCUCAGCCCCUCUACCAGCAGUGUGAUGGCUCUCCUAGCGGAGCUCCACGCCCUUCCUCGAGUCGCAGCCCUCUGGUCCGUCUCCCCUGCUGCUGCAGCUGCUAAACCUGCUGCUGGUGCGGCUGCUGCUGCUGGGGCUGUGGGAAGGCGAGAGGACGAUGAGGAGCUGGGGGACGAUGAUGACCUUGAUGAGGACUUGGAAGAGGAGGAGAAUGUGGCUCCAAAAGGGAGCCGUGCCAGGGGAAAGGUGGUUGCUAGUGCUGCUGCAGUGGGCACAUUGGAUUCGUUGCCCGCAUUGGUGGAUCUCGUCCGUCGAUUGUGGCCCUUGAUGCGCCACAACAUUUCAGCUGUUCGACUGGCCGCUGUUUCCACUCUCGAGAGGCUCCUCCAAUCCAACGGCACCACGUCAGCAGGCUCCAGUGCAGCAUCAUCGUGGGUGGCGGGCGUGUUACUGGACGCGCUGGCAUGUAUUCUCCGCAACCUGAUUCUGGAGACCCACCCCACUGCUCUCGCUGUCUCCCGCCGCGUCUGGUCUCUGCUGCUGCAGCAGGUGCCCCCCUCCACUGUUGCUUAUCUCACUCGCCCCGUCAUCCGCCACUGGUGCCAGCUCAUCGCCACGCCACCUGGCAGCUCCCUCAACACAUCCUCUCUUUUCGCCACGUCAGCUGGGGGGACGGCCAGCAAAGGCAAGGAGGCGGAUCUGCCCAGCACAGGGGGAAGAGGCACACAGGCUGGGGGAAGGGGGAGAGGGAGGGGGAGAGGGGGAAGGGGAAAGGGGAAGGAGAAGGAAAUAGAAGGUGGAGGGGCGGGAACUAGUGCUGGGAGCUCUGCUGCUGCUGUCAGUGCGGUGGGGAGCGGUGGUAAUGGGGUGGUGGUGGUGGGGGCGGACGGGGAGAGUGCAGCGGUGCGCAUAAGAGUGGACACGAGCCGAGCCAUGGGCCUGCUGCUCUCCUUCUGGCCGGUCGACCAGCUAGAAGGUGCAGUAGCCCCGUUGGUAUCCCUCCUGGGGUCCGCGGCUGCCACACAGAAGCAGGUUGGUGCGCUCAUCAUUGCUGCUUGGUUCAGAGAGCUUGAGGGGCGACAGGUGGGGGAAGUGGAGGGGCAGCAGACGGAUGAGCAGCGAAAGAAGCAAGAACUGAACACGCAGCAGCAGCAGCAGCAGCAGCAGCAGCAGCAGAAUGCGAUUUCUCUCAGCUCUCUCCCUAGUCUUUCGUUCGCACGACCGUCACCUCCUGUUGCGAGGCUGCUGACUCAAUUGAUGGCUCUCCUCUCGUCCCCUGACGCUGGCCAAAGCUACGAAGAGCUCUCCCGAACCUACAGCAAGCUCCGGGCCGAAGCUAGUGCUUUGCUCAGCCAUGCCCGAGCCGUGGGGGUAGCCCAGGACGUGAUUGGUUCGGCACUUACACGAGCCGGCUGUGGUGAUUCGGCAGUGGCUUUUAGUAGCGGUACAGCAGGGGGGGCGAGAGGGGGGGGAGGAGCAGAAGGAGGAGCAGGAGGAGGGGAAGAAGGGAAUCCUUUUGAAAGGCUGAGUCCCGAGGGUGCGUUGGAACUGGCAGGGGCCCUGGCUGGGCUUGCUGGGGCGGAGACAGGGGAGUUGGAGAAGAGGGACGCACCUGGAGCAGCAGCAGCAGCAGCAGGGGGGGGGGAUUUGAUGGAGAGCUGCAGGCGGAGAUUGCUGUCUACUGCCAAUUACCUCAGAACUGUACAGACCAAUAUGCACACAUCCGUCACAGCAACGGUGGCGGCAGCAGCAGUGCGGGUUGCCCCGAGUCUGCCUUCCAAGCUUAACCCCAUCAUCCAGCCACUCAUGGCUGCACUCAAGCGAGAAAGGGAGGAGCUGCUGCAGCAGAGUGUGGCGAGCGGCCUGGCAGCCGUCAUUCUGCGCUCCCUGGACCGCCGCCCCUCCCCCAACGACCGCCUCCUCAAGAACCUCUCUACACUCGCCUGCUCCGACCCCUCUCAGUGCCCUCCGCCUUGCGACGCCAAUAGGGAGGUUGACGAUCCCCUGGAUGCUUCCCUAGCUGCACCUGCUGUGGCAGGAGCAGGGGGGGCAGCAGCAGGGGGGCCAGCAGCAAAAGGAGCAGCAGGUGUGACUGUAAAGGGGGAGGGUUCCGCGGGGUCGCUGGAAGCCAUGAUUGGCCGCAGAGGGGCCGAGCUCUCCUUCCGAGCCUUGGCGGACAGCCUCGGCCCGGACCUAUUUUCUAAGCUGCCAAAGCUGUGGGACCUCCUCACUGAGGUCUGGAAGCCCGGAGAACCAGAAGGAGGUGGUACCCCAGGGAGGUGCGAUGAGAAGGAGCUUUUCAAAUCAGACCCACAGGCGCUAGUCAACACCUUUCAACUCGUGCGCUGCAUAGCCCCCGUCCUCCACACGUCCCUCAUCCCCCGCCUGCUCCUCCUCCUUCCCCCGGUCCUCUCCUCCACUCGCCACCCCCACGCUGCUGUGCGCUUCGCCUCAGCCCAGUGCCUGUCAACCCUCGUCUCCCUCCCGACAGCAGAGCAGCCCGUUCUCUCCGCCAUUCUCACUCACGUCCUCCCUCAGCUCACCAACACACUCUCUGAACCUGCCCGUCGCGGUGCGGCAUGUGUCGUCUCCUUAUUGGUCAACACCCGAGGGGAGAUGCUGGCUCCGUACGCUGCUCUCCUAGUGGUUCCCCUCCUGGCUCGGAUGUCCGACCCUAGCCCGCAGGUUCGGCAGCUGGUGACACAAAGCUUUGCCAGGCUCGUGCCGCUGCUGCCGCUGGCUCGGGGGCUGCCUCUGCCAGCCUUUUUGGACGAGGAAGGUGCGAGGAAGGCGCGGGAGGAUGCGAGGUUUUUGGAGCAGCUGUUGGAUAAUCGCAAGGCGGACGAUUACCAGCUGCAAGUGAAGCUGUCUGUCACUCUCAGAAGGUACCAGCAGGAGGGCAUCAACUGGCUGGCGUUCCUCCGUCGCUUCCACCUGCACGGGGUGCUGUGCGACGACAUGGGGCUAGGCAAGACCCUCCAGGCCUCCUCCAUGAUCGCCUCAGACACCCUCGAGCGCCAAUCCGCCGCCCGUGUUGCUGCUAGUGGCUCCACUGCUGCUGCUGCUGGCGCUGCUGGUGCUGCUGGUGCUUCUGGACCUGGCCACGCAUCCGCUCCUCUCCUCCCGUGUCUCAUCGUGUGCCCGCCUACACUUGUGGCUCACUGGGUGUACGAGAUUGAGAAGUACAUCCCUCCUGGGAUCCUCCACCCACUGCAGUACGCGGGCAGCACGGCUGACCGGCAAAGACUGCGCGGGCAGCUGAAAAGGCAUAACCUGGUGGUGACAUCUUACGAGGUGUUACGGAGCGACAUUGAUGAGCUGGCAGCACUGACGUGGCGGUACUGUGUGCUGGAUGAGGGGCAUCUGAUCAAGGGCGCAAAGACGCGGCUGUCACAGGCGGUGCGGCGGAUUAAGGCGGAGCACCGGCUGCUGCUGACGGGCACGCCCAUCCAGAACAACGUGCUCGAGCUGUGGGCGCUCUUUGACUUCCUCAUGCCGGGAUUCCUGGGGACAGAGAAGCAGUUCCAGGCGCGGUAUGGCAAGCCGCUGCAGGCGGCACGGGACCCCAAGUGCACGGCCAAGCAGGCCGAGGCAGGCGCGCUCGCCAUGGAGGCCCUUCACCGCCAGGUGAUGCCGUUCAUUCUUCGCCGCACCAAGGAGCAGGUCCUGUCAGACCUGCCGCCCAAAAUCAUCACCGACAGAUACUGCCAGCUCAGCACGCUGCAGCGCCUACUGUACGCUGACUUUGCAAAGUCCCAUGCGUCAGAAGAGGUGGUAACAGCAGUAACGGCAGAGGGGGCAGGAGCCGGAGGGGGAGGGGAGCAGGCAUCAACCCAUGUGUUCCAAGCGCUCCAGUACCUAAGGAAGCUGUGCAGCCAUCCGCUGCUGGUGCUGGACCCCUCCCAUCCCCGCCACGCUGCUGCUCUUACAGCCGUGGGCGCUACAGGGCAGGGAGGGGGGAGCAGCAGCGGUGGUGGUGGUGGCAGCAGUGGGGAUGGCAGUGGGGAUGUGCAUGAUAUAGUGCAUGCGCCUAAGCUGAUCGCGCUGAGAGAUAUUCUGCUGGAGUGUGGGAUAGGAGGGGGAGGGGAGGGGAGGAGUGGAGGGGAUGUCGGGAGUGAGGCCAGCGAGGGUAAUCACCGCGUGCUCGUGUUUGCCCAGCUUAAGUCAUUCCUCGAUAUUGUCGAGCAGGACCUCUUCAAGAAGCACAUGCCCAGUGUGUCCUAUCUGCGCAUCGAUGGGUCGGUGGAGCCGUCGCGGCGCUUUGACCUGGUCAAGGCGUUCAACUCCGACCCUACCAUCGACGUGCUGCUGCUCACCACGCAUGUGGGCGGUUUGGGGCUGAACCUGACAGCAGCGGACACAGUGGUGUUCUUGGAGCACGACUGGAACCCCAUGCGAGACCUGCAGGCCAUGGAUCGAGCGCAUCGCCUGGGGCAGCGCCGGACUGUGAAUGUGCACCGGGUGAUCAUGGCGGGCACGCUGGAGGAGAAGGUGAUGGGGCUGCAGCGCUUCAAGCUCUCCAUCGCCAAUGCCGUCGUCAACGCCGACAACGCCAGCCUCAAGUCCAUGGACACCUCGCAGCUCCUCGACCUCUUCAAUGCCGGGCCUCCCGCUGCUGGCGCUGCUGCCAAGCGAUCAGCAGAUGCAUCCUCAGAUGCAGCUGUGGCAGCAGCUGGGGGAGGGAAGGGGCUCAAGGCAGUGCUCACAGGCUUGGAGGAUCUCUGGGACGAAUCGCAGUAUGCAGAGGAAUACAAUUUGGACAACUUCCUGAAACGCAUUUAGGUAGGGCGAUUGUUGCGAUAAGUAGACCCUUUAGUGCGACACAGAAUAGACCCAUAACCACAGUAGUGCCACAACGGACGAAUGGAAGCUGAGAUGGUGUGGGAGGGAGGAUGCUUUACAUUUAUUAAGUCGUACAGAUAUAUCUUGCUAAUUUCGUUGGGAUUGAAAAUCGCUUA